AUGCCUCAGCCUCCUAUUAUGGGAGAUAUUCCUGCUGUAAGACUUUCUCAAGUAAAACCUUUCUCUGAAGUUGGAUGCGACUAUGGUGGUCCAUUCUCUUUAUUAAGAUAUCGUGCACGAGGUGCUAAGUCCUGUAAAGCCUAUAUUUGCUUAUUUGUGUGCAUGGCCACGAAAGCUUUGCACUUAGAACUGGUUUCCGACCUUUCCUCCGAGACUUUUCUGGGUGCAAUGCGUCGAUUCAUUUCUCGUAGAGGUCGCUGCAAUCAUAUUUAUUCCGAUUGUGGAACGAACUUUGUCGGAGCUUCUAGAGAACUGAUUAAUAUGCUAAAAUCCGCCGCUGAGCAAGAACAAAUUUCCUGGCACUUCAAUCCUCCAAGCGCGCCUCAUUUUGGUGGCCUGUGGGAAGCAAGAAUAAAGUCUGUAAAAACUCACAUUAAAAGGGUCAUUGGUGACCAAUUGCUCACGUAUGAGGAAUUUUAUACGCUACUGGUUCAAAUAGAAGCAGUGCUUAAUUCUCGUCCAUUGUGUCCACAAAGCUCUGAUCCUAAUGAUUUGUCAGUUCUUACUCCAGGACAUUUUUUAACCCUAGAGCCGUUAAACGCCCCUCCGGAAGAUGAUCUUUCCGGGAUAAAAUUAAAUCAUCUCUCUCGCUGGCAGUUGAUAUCACGCUUGCACCAAAGCUUUUGGAGCCGAUGGUCUAAAGAAUACCUUCAAACACUUUUACAAAGAGCUAAAUGGAAUGAAUCUACUAUUCCAAUAGAAAUAAACUCGGUUGUUUUAAUAAAGGAUGAUAAUUUAACUCCGCUCAAAUGGAGCAUUGGAAGAGUCCUAGAGAUUCACCCGGGCCAUGAUCGUGUUACACGAGUGGUUACUUUAAAAACAGCCAAAGGCAUUCUUAAGAGACCAGUGACAAAGAUAUGCCCACUGCCUUACUGCAAAUCUCAAAAUUAA